CCGAUAUCAGAGUUUACAAAUCUGGGCGGUUGGUUGUUGGGUUAGUGCUACGACAACAAACUCCCCUGCUGUCUCAUUGCCCCACGCUUACGCCCUUAUUGCAAGAUAUUGAAAGCCAUAUUAGUGUAUGGCUUUUCAAAUCAGUUUUUCACCAGUACAUACCAGUAUUUCUCUGUGUGCGUCAAAUCUUUGGGCAUCAUCUGCAUCCACAUUUGGGUCAGGACCGGGGAUACCGGAACUCCGAUUUCGCUGUCCAGGGCAACUGCAACUGCAACCUCUGCAUUUAAUAUUGCGGCAAGGUCACCCAAGGUUCAAGGUUGACAUCCAACUUUCAGGGCACUUUCACGAGCCACAAUUUUUUCUUUCCUGCACCUCCGCUCGGCUACCGAGGAACGCCUGCGCUUGCCUACAAAGCUCAGAGGUCCCCUCCCGACAUCCCUCUUUUCCCCGAUUCAUUCCACACCCACACCCACCACAUCUUGAGCACACGACAGCAAAGCCACGCCUGCAGAAUUCUUUCCCAUCGCCAGCUUCGUCUAUCAAUACUUUCUCCAUCCAAAGUACCAAUUCGAUAUGUUCGCGACUAAGAUUCUCAGGCAGGCGGCUGCUGCUGAGCGAGCCCCAAUGAUCAAGUUCCUGGGCAAACGCACCACCCCAGGUAAGCAUUUGAGAAAUCCAAUUUUAGUUUCGGUUUGGUUGAUCUAACGCCCCCGCAGCAUCCAUCGAUCACACUCCCAAAGCACACCCGGCCUCCCCCUAUGAACUCCCAGCCGAUUUCUCCAAGUCUUCCUCCCCCUCCUUCUCCUCCUACCGACAGAAGGCUAUUCAACACGGUCCCCUUGGACGACAGAACACCGGCUCAAUCGGCUCAGCCUCUGGACAGUCUCUUGGUUCCGUCAAGCCAGCAAAGGGAGAAUAUUUCGAUCGCAAUGAACUGCCCGCACGCUUCCGACGAGCGCCUCUGGACAUGAGCGAGAUUGACGCCAUCGAGACUGGCGGAGCAACUUUAGUUUGCUGAGGAGCGCCAUGGAACGGACAAUUAAAUUAAAGAAUGUACGAACGCAUGGAAAAAGCAUGAUACCCCACGAAAUUCAACAUUACGACUUUAACUUCGAUUUUGGUUACGAAAGGAGAUACGAAGCCAAGCUACGAAAUUCAAGCGGUAAAGGCACACCCAGGAGGGCUGGUGUGCUUCAGGGAAACUGGGUAACGAAAAGCGAUGCAGCAGUUUGGGGAAAUUUUGUGUUGUGUUUCUUCAGUUUCUUCACACAGAUGGUGAGCAUUUGUUAUCUUGAGCAAGCGUCUGGAUUUUCUGCUACUCUUCUUAAUGCCGCCUUUCGCUGCUCAGAUAGUUUUUUAAUGCUAUCUUUUUCUAAACCUACCUUCCCGUUUCAUAGAGGCUAAAAACCAAGUGGCCAUUGCUGUUUGCUCUGUAUAAUAUUCUCUACCUCUUUUGCGGUUUUGAUUCAGAAAUCCCUCAGUUUCUGUAUUCUUGUAUUGUAUAUCCGAGUACCCAGUCUUUAUUCCUCCCAAACAAACUGUUCAAUAGAUCAUUUUAGAAUUUAUAGAGCAAGUUAUCUAACGCAGUGAGCAACAAUAGUGCUCACACCUUCACACUUCAUCCCACAUGUAUCUCGUUCUAUACAAUCUACUUGUCUUGUACAAGUAUGCCCCAGAUAAGAAUUCUCAUGACAAGUUGUGGUUGCUGUCAUACUUCAUUUUUCGGUUCCUUGAACAUUCCCCUUCUCUUAUGGAUCCAUCAGAUAUUUACCGAUUUUUGGUGUUAGGGUGGGGAUCAAGGAAUAGAUUGUUCGCAAGGAGGGAAGAGAGACGCUCUUCGCACUCCUUAGGUAUUUGUCUAUCUACGGAAGGGUACACCCGCAACUUCGCUAAGCGAACCCUUAUUCACUAAAUCAAAAACUGUCACACCGGAAUAGAACUAGCGCUUCUAUAGAAUAUACUAGUGCUAUACAGUAGAGUAGAGAAUGCUCGUGUCGUAAUACACCUAGUAAUACCCUAAUAGUAU